AUGAAUAAUAAUUAAAAAAAGAAAGUUCCUGUCAUAGUUUCUGACAUAGAUGGUGUUUUAAAAUAGGGUUUUAAUAAAUGUAUCAGUGAUAAGGUUUUGAAGGCUUUGAAAGCUGUUAGAUCUUUAUUAGGAGAAAUUGAUGCAAAUAGAUUCGGAGAAAAUGAUCAAGAAAAGAUUCCAUUUUUCUUAUUGACAAAUAGAGGUGCUAUGACUGAAAAAUAACAUUGUAUCAUGAUGAAUAAAGCCAUGGGAUUUGAUUAAGAAUAAAAUUCAAAGUUUGCAUUUUAAGAACAUGAAAAUAUAUUAAACCAUUCAGCAUUAGCUCCUAAGUUUAGAACAUUUUAAGAUAAAUUAGUCAUGCUCCUUGGCACAGGAGCAAUAGAAGAAGUAGCAGAGUAUUGUGGUUCUCAAAAAUAUAUCACUGGAAACGAAUAUAUCUGCUGCUUCCCUUUCUUAUGUCCUUUUAAUUCAUUCAGCUAAGAAUUCAAAGCAGAAACAAAAGAAAAAGUGAAGAAAAGAUUAAAUUUGACAGAUGAUGAUUUCCAUGAACCUUUCUAAAUCCAUGCUAUUUUUAUUCUAUCAAUGCCAUUCAACUGGGAAGAAUCCACAUAAUUGAUUUUAGAUUUGCUAUCUACUGAAGAUGGUAAAAUUGCCUAAUAAAUGCCUGCUAUUGGUCCUGAAAAACAUAUUCCUGUUUAUGUUGCUUAUAAUGAUACAACUUACAAAUCUGACUUCUAAUUGCCAAGAAUUGUAAAUGGAUGUUUCACUGCAGCUAUCAAAGAAAUAUACAAAACUAUUUAUAAAACAGAAAUUAACUUAGAGUUUUAUGGAAAACCUUAAUUAAAGCAGUUUGAGUUUGCAAGGGACUACACCUUGUCUCAUAUUGAUAAGAACCAUGAAGUUACUAACUAUUACAUGAUAGGUGAUAAUCCUUAAAGUGAUAUUUAAGGUGCUAACAAAAUUGGAUGGACUUCUAUUCUAGUCAGAACAGGAGUUUUCUAAGGAGAAGGUAAUGAUGAUUAAGAUCCUGCAAAAUACGUAGUCAACGAUUUUUAUGAUGCAGUAAAACUAAUAUUUGAAUUAGAAGGCAUUUCUACUAAAAUUUUAGAUUGA